AUGCAUUACCACUCACAUUAUCAAGAUGUGCUCGGGAGUGAGGGCCCAGAGUAUGUGUAUAGAGGAUCCGACGACCAUGGCACUCCCCCCCGAUACUGGUACAACCCCGGAGAAUUUCACUCGAUCAAUCCCUUACUCGAUAUGAGUGCCCCCUACCAGAGCGCUGAGGGGUUUCAAUAUUCCUGUGCCUCUUACGACCCGGUCGCCCAAGGCUUUAGCUACCGGUCUAUGUGGGAGACCGGUGACAGAGCCCUGCCUCAACUGAAUGGCUUUGACACCGACCGCCGUGACAUUGACCAUUUCCGCCAUCUGCGUCAUCCCUCUCCCACCGACCCUUUGGGGUUCACUCUCUCCAGCAACAGCGACUCGUCGAUCAGCGACCAUGCUCGUAGUCCAGAAGCAGCUCGGAGCUCGCUUACCGUCCCCCUGACUCACUCACCAGUGGGAUACUGGCCCGCUCCCAUGGCAACAUCAUCGGCCACGGGCCAUGGCUGGACUCGGCAACCCGUCUUCAUGUCCUCUCAUCCUUCCACUCCUGUCCCCACCAACCACACCGUCCCCAGCAUGAGACAUCUCCAGGUCACGCCAGAUCCAGAGCAUUAUGACGAGCCUGUCGACAUGAAGGAGACCUUCCCCUCCAGGAUCAACUUUCCCAUGGAGCUCGAGCUGUCGGAACAGCUCGCUAGUCCCCCGGACUCAGGGCUCGAUCAGCCAGGCCACGAUGAUGAUGAUAACGACGACGAGAUGAUGAAAGAUGAAGAGGAGGUUGCUGGAGUCACUGAGACGGACAACGAUCCCGAAUUCAGCCCCAGAAGGAAUGUCACCCGCCGGCAAUUUGGCACCACGAGAGGCCAUUCUCUGGAUGAAGAGCCACGACGUCUCAAAGCAGUCAUUGACCCAAAGGUCCGAGUGCAGAAACGUGCUCAAGCCUCUGACACACCCCAUAGCGGGAGAUCGCGCCCCAAGACCAAGAAGAAGCCCCGAGCGCUCCGGAACGAUGAAUCCGGGUCGAAGCACUUUCCCUGCGCUUUCCACCACUACGGCUGCUUCGCGACAUUCGGCAACAAGAACGAGUGGAAACGACAUGUGUCCUCUCAACACGUCCAACUGGGCCUCUACCGCUGCGACUUGGGCACCUGCUCAGCGGAGACGGCGCGAACUCAGGACAAGGGAUACAAUGACUUCAACCGCAAGGAUCUCUUCACCCAGCACUGCCGACGCAUGCAUGCCCCUUGGGCGGCAAGUAAGAAGGGCGAAGACGACGUGUCGAAGAAAGAGCGGGACAACUUCGAGAAGGAGCUCGAAGAUAUACGCGCUCGCUGCUGGAUUGACCGCCGUCAGGCUCCUCAAAAGACCAAGUGCGGAUUCUGUGGGAAGAAAUUUGUCGAUGGCAAAGAGUCUCGCGGCUGGGAUGAAAGGAUGGAACACGUUGGUCGACACUUUGAGAGAGACCAUGUGAAGAGCAAGGAUGAGGAGGUCGAUGACGGUCUCCGGCAGUGGGCCAUCGCUGAGGGUCUUGUGAAGAAAGAUAAGAAAGGAGAGUACUGGCUCGUGGGCUUCGAGCCCGCUCAGCCCAGUCGGCGUGCCCACGGGCAGAGAAGAAGCCGACGAUUUAUCAAGGAGGAGGAGGAGGAGGCGGAGGAAGUUGGGGAGAGCCACAGCGGAGUAGACAACAAUGAGGCUGAUGAUGAUGAUGAUGAUGACGAUGCCGACACAAGCGACAGGGGGCCGUCAAUCAAGACCGAAGAUGACGACGAGGAAGACGAUGCCGAGUGCGAUACUGACGCCGAGGCCGAAGAAGACUGA